AUGACCUCCGCCGAUCGCACCGUAAUUGCAUUUGAUCUUUACGGGACUCUACUCUCUACCGAGAGUAUUGCCAAGGAAUUGGCUACUCACUGCAAGUGUGGCCAUGAGAAGGCGCAAGAAAUAGCUGCGCUAUGGCGAAGAUACCAACUUGAAUACACAUGGAGAUUAAAUAGCAUGUCGCUCUAUAAAGACUUCUCAACUAUAACCAAUCUCUCUCUCAAACAUGACCUCGUCGAAUCUUCCGUCACGCUCACAGCAAAAGCUGUAGCUUCUCUGAUGCACGCAUACGACUCCCUUGGUACCUUUCCAGACGUACCACCGGCCCUUGAAGCCCUCCAGUCGUCCCUUACAAUCGACGCCUACAUAUUUUCCAACGGCACCAACUCCAUGGUUUCCACCUCGGUCAAGUCAUCACCACCCAUCUCCCCCUACCACGCUGUGUUCAAAGACUUGAUAACCGUCGAGGAGGUGCAGGCUUAUAAACCCGACCUACGUACGUACCAACAUCUUGCCCAGAAAGUCGGCAAGGAUUGUAAAGAUAAGCAGGAUCUGGGAUCUAUUUGGCUUGUGAGUGGGAAUCCUUUUGAUAUUGUUGGGGCUAGGUCGGCGGGAUUUCAGGCUGCUUGGGUGGAUAGAAUUGGGAAGGGAUGGUGCGAUAGGCUUGGAGAUGCGGCGGGUGGAGGGCCGACCAUUGUUGUUGGGGGUGUAGAGCAGGCAGUUAGGGGGAUUGAGAAGUGGGUUGAGGAUAGGGGGAAGGAAAAGCAAAAGGGAAACUAA